AUGAGCUCCGAUGAGUUUGACGACGAUAUCGCCGACGAGGACUUUAACACUGCGUUUGAUCAAGUUUCGUCUUCCAGUGCUCGGCUGAACCAGUCAUUUACUUCCUCAAAUGGUCAGGGUGUCGCAAAAGGACCUUUGGUGAACCAAAGGGUUGCACCAGAGUUAGAGGGCUUGCCUGACGAUGCAUUUUCCUCUCCCGAGCCUCCGCCUACCCAGUUUCGGCCCAACAACAUUCAAACUGCGCCGCGAACCGGCCUCCAGCGAUCUGCAUCCGGAACCUAUAGACAGACAACACUCUUCGGGAAACCACUCGGUGAGGUCAGUAGCCAACCGCAGGAGUCCAAUGCUACCAGAGUCUUUCGCGCCGACUUGCCCCGGGAAGAGCCUAGUCAUCAUGAGUUGGACAAGGAGGCCAUGGAGACAUGGGUAUACCCUACAAAUCUGGGAGCCAUUCGAGACUACCAGUUCAGUAUUGUGAAGAAUAGCCUGUUCAACAACACCUUGGUUGCGCUGCCCACGGGUCUCGGAAAGACUUUCAUCGCUGCCACGGUCAUGCUUAAUUUCUACCGAUGGACAAAGAAGGGCAAAAUCGUUUUUGUUGCUCCUACAAAACCAUUGGUUGCCCAGCAAAUAGAUGCCUGCUACAACAUUGCAGGUAUACCGAGAUCGGAAACGACACUGCUCACAGGUGACGUUCAGCCUGUUCUGCGCGAGGAGGAGUGGGAAAGGAGAAGAGUAUUUUUCAUGACGCCGCAGACGCUUCUCAAUGACUUGUCGCAUGGGUACGCCGACCCGAAAAGCAUCUGUCUCAUCGUUGUCGACGAAGCUCACCGCGCCACCGGAGAGUACGCGUACGCCAAAGUCGCAAAAUUGAUCCGGCGAUUUUCGAAGAGUUUCCGUGUUCUCGCCUUGACAGCCACCCCGGGCUCCAAAAUUGAAACAGUGCAAGAAAUUAUCGACAACCUUGGAAUAUCGCAUUGCGAGAUCCGCACUGAGGAUUCGAUUGACAUUCGUCAAUACGUCCAUGACAGAAAUAUCGAACAAUUGGUUCUUGAUCCCUCUGAUGAGAUCAAUCUUGUUAGCGAAUUAUUUUCAGAGGCGCUCAAGCCGCUUUUGGAUAAGCUCAGCGCCCAGAAUAUUUGGUACGGAAAGAGUCCAAUGUCGAUAUCGGCAUUUGGCCUACUGCAGUCGCAAAAUGAGUGGAUGGCAACACGAGGUAAACACGUCAAUCAAGGCGUUCAAUUUAUGAUGCGCGCCAUCUUUAGCGUGCUCACAAGUCUGGCGCAUUCCAUCAAACUUUUGACCUUUCAUGGCAUCAAACCGUUUUACGACAAUUUAUUGGAUUUUCGGAGAGAACAGGAGGAAAAGGGACAAAAGGGAUCUAAGUACAAGCGGCAACUUAUCGAACAUCCUAGUUUCAAAGACAUGAUGGACAAAAUUGCCAGCUGGAUGAAACGAGAUGGGUUUGUUGGGCAUCCCAAACAAACAGCCUUGGCCGACACGGUCUUGAACCAUUUCAUGGACCGAGGAGAAGACUCUGGCACGCGUGUCAUUGUGUUUAGCGAAUAUCGAGAUUCUGCAGAAGACAUUGUGCGCCUGCUGAAUAUGCAUGCACCGCUGGUAAAGGCUAGUAUCUUUGUUGGUCAGGCGGUUGGCAAGCGAGGCGAGGGCAUGAAGCAGGCGCAGCAGAUCGAGACCGUUGAAAAGUUUCGCAAUGGCCAUUUCAAUGUGCUCGUCGCGACCUCUAUCGGUGAAGAAGGCUUGGACAUUGGACAGGUAGAUCUCAUAGUCUGCUACGACGCGUCGGCAUCUCCGAUUCGCAUGUUACAGCGCAUGGGCCGAACUGGACGCAAACGAGCCGGCAACAUUGUAUUGCUAUUGAUGCGAGGCAAAGAAGAAGACCAAUUUGCCAAAUCCAAAGACAACUACGAAAAGAUGCAAUCGUUGAUUUGCGAGGGAAGCCGCUUCAAUUUUCGCUUCGACCUGUCUACUCGCAUCGUGCCUCGCAACAUACGACCAGAGGUGGACAAGAGACAUGUUGAUAUUCCCGUGGAGAACACACAAGACAAUUCGCUGCCGGAACCAAAGAAGAGACGAGCGGCAGCGGGAAAGAAGAAGGCGCCAAAAAAGUUUCACAUGCCCGAUGGAGUCGAAACUGGUUUUCAGACAUUGACAGACUUUAUGAAAGGUUCGGUCAAGAAGGCCAAAAAGGCCGAACCUAAGCGCAACCCCGAGUUGGAUGACCUGAGCAAGAUACCGGAUUUAGACAGUGUGGUGCUCGACGGAGAGCAGCUUAAAGAGCUGAACCGGUCCUAUCGCGACCUGCCAUUCAACCAGAGCACAUUUGAGGAAACGGAUGUGCUUAGCAUGACUGCUCACCCGGAAUCGCAACGGCGCCUCGGGCCAACGUGCUUGCUGAAACAUGGCCCCUAUACCAAGCGAUUCGUGAAGAUGGUGCAUGCGAUGGGUACCGACCCGGACAAGUUGGUUCGAGCAUGCCGCCACAAAGACGAAAGCGCAUACGAAGGGAUACCAGUACGCCGAUUUGUCGGCUCUGAUGGCGAGUCAGAGGGCGAAGAUGAAGCAAUUGUAUUAGAGCCACAAAACGACAGGCGAGACUCGUUUGGCUCGACAGAAGGUCUGCCGGAUCUAGUAGAGGCACGGCGCACAGCCGUCAAGGCAGCGCUGGAAGACAUGGCAGCCGAGGCGGAUACGGAUGACGAAGAUGGCCCUCGAAGAAAGAAACGAAAAACAGCCAAAAAGGGAAGUAAGAAAAAGGGGAAGGGUAGUAAAGGGAAUGCGGCCGCCAACCUGGAAGAAGUGGGCGACGACUGUGACAGAACCAGCGACAUCCUGGACACGGACGGGUCAGACAGUGGUGGCGACUUGGAGGGCUUUGUCGUAUCUGACAAUGUGCCUACCUCGAGCAUGAGGCAAUCUGAACUAUCGUCGCCGAUAUCGACCGGCCAGGCGACGCCUCGAGUCGCUGCUCCGAAAUCUAAGCCGUUCUUUGAGCCCACCACUUUCACCGCAACGCAAGAGAGUGACGUGCCCGAUCUGGCCUCCCUUGUGGCAUCAGGCGUCUCCUAUGCCGUCUCGCGCCUCGCCCUCCCCGCGCUCCUCGAGCUCCCCUCCGCCUCCUCCGCCCGCGCCUCCCUCAGCCACCUCGCCGCCUCGCUGCAGACGUCUCUCAUCGCGCUGUCCUCGCUCGCCGCCGCGCCCCUCGCCCUCGCCUACGCUUUUGCCCCGCCGCGCGCCCGCCACCCUUACCUCGUCUACGCCUCGCUGCUCGCCGUUUUGAGCGCCGCCGCGCCGCGCCUCCUCCUCGGCUCCGCUGGCCUUGUUGCUCCCACCGCCACCACUACCACUCGUCCGGCCAACUGCAAGAAUAAGACGUCGACAAGCGCAGCGGCGGCGCGCGCGCGCAGCAUGGAGGCUAGCUAUGAAGUCCUCGGCGACGUCCACAGCGAGCCCGCAAGCGAAGAGGAUGUCGACGAACCCGUCAAUGGUGAAGACGUUCGUGUCCAUGUCCAGGGCCUCGCGCGCGCGUACGCUAUCCAGGCGGGCCUUGCCGCGCUUGGCUUUGCCAUGUCCGUGGUUGGCCUCUGGGGAGAUGGUGCCACGGUGGUCAUUGUAUCCUAG